CGCGCUUGUCCCCUGCUCCCGUAGCCAAGCCGGAGUCAGUGUCGGAGUGUCGCGCUGAGAGGAACGUCUCCAUGCCGGUGUCGUACGUGGUGUUGGCGUGCCUGCCGGGGUGGGACGGCGGCCUCAACCAGACCUUCACGCUGGAGGUGCGACAGGCGGCCCGGGAGGAGGUCUUGGAGGCCUUCCGUCACGCCUCCGACCCGCUCUUCAUCAUCACCGGACUGAAGGUGGGUGUGGAAUACAUGCUCACUGUCACGGCGGCCAACUCCCGGGGGUCGAGCCCGCCCUUCACCAUCACCUACACCGCGUCGGCCGCCUCCGCCGACAAGGUGGUGUCCCCCCACGCCCAUACCGCCCUGCUCACCAUCACGCCCUUCCUGGUGCUGCUGGUGGGCGUGGUGGCGGCGGUGUCGGCCUGCGCCGGCCUGGUCGUCAUCCUAGCCAAGCGACAGAGGCGCAGUAAGACCAACGCCAAGAUCCUCUACGCUGGACCUCUCAACGACAUCCACGAUACCUGUGAUGUCCACACUAUCGUCUGUGUUAAUAGAGAAUGUGAGAAGGAGGAGUUGAUGACGUCUCCUGCAGAUGGCGUCGCGGGCAGCUUCUACAUCAACGCCUCAACUAUCCUUAACAACUCUGGCGUGGGCGCGCUGGAGACGGACGUCCUCCUGCGGGAGAGAAUGGCGCCCCUGGCCUCCGUAGACUCCCUAGGGAGGUGCUCCACGCCCUCCUCCAUCUGUACCUCCAAGACCACCUCCUCCAGGUCCUCGCGGGCCUCUUCCUCUACAGUAGCCCUCAACCCGGACUACCUGGCCAAGGACCAAGAGUACCUGGCCAAAACUCCAGAGUACUUGAUCAAGAGUCCAGAGUACAUCACCAGAGAGGAGGUCUAUGCUCUUCCUACGGGGCCUCUCAUCCACCUUCACAAGGAAAGCUCCGUCUAGCUCACCCGUCUAUAACUCUUGACGUUACUGGAGAGACAGUAACAGCAGCCAUCGCCAGUAACGGUCAUUAGUGCUGAAUAAUGCGGUCAUUAACGGUCAGUAACGGUCAUUAGUACUGAAUAAUGCGGUCAUUAACGGUCAGUAACGGUCAUUACUGCUGAAUAAUGCGGUCAUUAACGGUCAGUAACGGUCAUUAGUACUGAAUAAUGCGGUCAUUAACGGUCAGUAACGGUCAUUACUGCUGAAUAAUGCGGUCAUUAACGGUCAUUAGUGCUGAAUAAUGCGGUCAUUAGCGGUCAGUAACGGUCAAUAGUGCUGAAUAAUGCGGUCAUUAACCAUCAGUAACGGUCAUUAGUGCGUUAGGAAUGGCUUGUAACUGCCUCUUAUCAUAUUGAAAGCUGCACAUGAAAACCAGAUUGCAAAGUUGAACAGCUUCCGCUGCUAUAAGCGAUGUCUUCAGCCGCCGCACCUGUAAGGUUCAAGUGGAAACCUCACCGACACACCACUAUAAACAGAGACCCUUGAGAACCACGGGCCAGGUCUCUGGGCUCAGGAACCUUGAGGCCAGUUUUAACAUGUAAACAAACAUGUAAAACAUCUUAUCUUUUACAUGUAAACAAAAACCUGCAGUGAUGCAGUGACUGGGUGAACAAGCCCAGCAGUGAUGCAGUGACUGGGUGAAUAAACCCAGCAGUGAUGCAGUGGCUGGGUGAACAAGCCCAGCAGUGAUGCAGUGACUGGGUGAACAAACCCAGCAGUGAUGCAGUGGCUGGGGAUAAACAAGCCCAGCAGUGAUGCAGUGACUGGGUGAACAAACCCAGCAGUGAUGCAGUGACUGGGUGAACAAACCCAGCAGUGAUGCAGUGACUGGGUGAAUAAACCCAGCAGUGAUGCAGUGACUGGGUGAAUAAACCCAGCAGUGAUGCAGUGGCUGGGGAUGAACAAACCCAUCAGUGACGCAGUGACUGGAAAUAAACCCAGCAGUGAUUGCAGUGCCCACUAGCAAUGCAUGUGUGUGUGUGAUCCCAGUGGACACACAGCUAACUAUGGCUGUGACCACUUAGAAAAAAAAAACCUGUGUCAAGCAUCUUGAAGGUAUACUGUCUUAACAACCAAACUAUCUGGGCCAAGACGGAUCAAGUAUCUACCCAACCGGUAACGAAACCUCUACAUCUCACCUCAAUCAUGGCUGCUUUGUUUACAUUUAUUCAACAGGUUAUAUGAGCCUAAAAGCACUACGAGGUUGUAUAUGACAAUAAUAGCCUUGGAUUGUGAAGUUUCAAAGCUGGAAACUGUUUUAUAACUGUAAAUAAAGCUGCCAUGAGUAAGGAAUGAUCUACAGGUUUCGUAAAUAGUUGCGUUAAGGAUCAAUAAAGCUUGUCCCGGUUUUGUUUACGUUUGUAGUGACUUUAGCUGAUAGAUAGUUGAAUUACAUUUUACGAAGACUUUGAAUAUACAAAUGAUCUCGUAUACAAGGGUCUUGAACUGUCGUCAGAAGAGACUCGUGGGGAACCGUGAACAAGCUCGUUCAGGCACUAUUGUACUGGUACAUUCUUCAAGACAAACUUCUUGAGGGGAUACUGAAGCAUAUCAUUGGUAAUAAGUGUUCCAAGACAUACUUGUAUACCAUAAUACUUAAUGUGUGGAUGUGAGCGAUUGUAUUUUUGUUUAUAAACCUGGAAAAUGUAACAUUUACGACUGAUCAAAGUGGAGAGAUAGAAAUACUCUAUCGGGAAUAGUCGUACUUGGAACAGGGAUUCAAAUUGGUGCUAAAUAGGUAUAGUAUAUUAGGAUAUAAUCGACUUAUUAUUUCUUAUAACGCGCUCUCUCUCUCUCUCUCUCUCUCUCUCUCUCUCUCUCUCUCUCUCUCUCUCUCUCUCUCUCUCUCUCUCUCUCUCUCUCUCUCUCUCUCUCUCUCUCUCUCUCUCUCUCUCUCUCUCUCUCUCUCUCUCUCUCUCCCCCCCUUUACUAACCCUCCCCAUUUCCUCUUCACUCAUGGCAUGCAAAUGCUCCUAAUUCGAACAGAGAGAAGAGAACACAAAAUGCUGUGAACCUAAGCUAUGUUUAAUUAAGUCUUGCACUGUAACGGAGGAAAGACACAGAAAACACACCGAGUGCAUUAGUCAGGGGGAUAGAGUGACGCAGCCCUGGGAAGGUAUUGUUCAGCAUCAGUUUCUGUGUCUAUUGUAAAACACGGGCACAGAAACUUGUGUUUGUGCGAGUGUAUUUACUUACGUGUGGUUAUAGGAUGAGAGCUACGCUCGUGGUGUCCCGUCUUCCCAGCACUCUUUGUCGUAUAACGCUUUGAAACUACUGACGGUCUUGGCCUCCACCACCUUCUCACUUAACUUGUUACAACCGUCUACAACUCUGCAAAAGUAAACUUUCUAAUGUUUCUUUGGCACCUUCGUUUCUUUAGCUUUAAUCUAUGACGUCUUGUGUGUAUUUACUAUUUAUAUUUACUAUUUGUGUCUGCAGAAUCGAGCUAUUAGCUCUUGGACCCCGCCUUUCUCACUAAUCUAUUUUUCCUCUAUUAUAUCUACUACAUAUAUUUCUAAUACAC